CCCAAAGAAGACGAUCAUCCCGUACCAGCAGGAGUUGUGAGCUGGAAUGAGGUUGUGAGAACUCGUUACACUUCGAAAACUGUACCAAAAGCCAACAUUGACUUGGAUAAAGACAUAAUAAUUCUUCCCUACUCCAGUGGUACCACAGGCUCUCCAAAAGGUGUCAUGCUUUCCCAUCGAAAUUUCGGCAUGAUGAUGGAUAUCUACAUAAGACAAGAAGCCACUAACAUCGUUCCUCUAAUCGCAGAUGAUUGGGAUUACGAAAGAGAAAAAGUGAUGCUAUUCCUUCCAUUUUACCAUGCCUUUGGUUUUGGUCUUCUCAAUGUUAGCCUACUGCAAGGCGCAACAGGCAUCCUUUUCAAACAUUUUGAUCCUCAUCCAUUCUGCAGGGCAAUUCAAGAUCAUAAGGUAAGGCUAAUUAUACGAUCGUUUCUUGGCAAGCACUUAGUGCAUGAUGUGCUGUAA